UCACUACUACGGGGGCCCCCCAAAAAAGGAAAGAAAAAAACGCCAACUAAGAAGUACUUGUCGAAGUUUAAAAAAUGCAUGAAACUAUGGCUGCCAAAUAGUGUUUAUCCACAAUGCGUCUAUUGCUCGCACGGCUGUAGGGAUUAUUAUCGUAAACAAGAAAAGAAGAAUACGCACGAGCUGUUCGAACUGGAUCGACUCACGCUUUCUAGGUUUCCUGCCCCCGUGAGAAGGAGCUACAGAGGGCCACCCAGGGGGAGACUGAGGGGCAGGGACGCAAAAGACACAAAGCAGCCCAGUGGACUCACACUAGCCUCCCUCCCUUCUGCGGACUUUUUGAUUUUCUUUCAUUAACUUCCAAUUCUUCUUUGCGUGUGCUUUCUUUAUUUUUCCAACGCAACCAUUUGGUCUGGAACGAAAUUAGGAUUUUCCCUCAUAUUAUGCACAGCGAUGGAUACAGACGGCUCAGUGAUUAGCACAAGAGCUGAGGAUCAGUCCUUCCAUGUCCGCUACAGGAUGGAGGUGUCGUGCCUUGAGCUGGCGCUGGAGGGCGAGCGCCUCUGCAAGGUGGGCGACUACCGAGCCGGCGUGUCCUUCUUCGAAGCCGCCAUCCAGGUCGGCACGGAGGACCUCCAGGUGCUCAGCGCCAUCUACAGCCAGCUGGGCAACGCCUACUUCCACCUGCACGACUACGCCAAGGCGCUGGAGUUCCACCGGCACGACCUGACCUUGACCAGGACCGUCGGGGAUUUCCUCGGAGAAGCCAAAGCCAGCGGCAAUCUCGGCAACACGUUGAAGGUGUUGGGGAGGUUUGAUGAGGCCAUGGUGUGCUGUCAGAGGCACUUGGAUAUUGCCAGGGAUGUAAAUGACAAGGUGGGUCAGGCGCGAGCUCUGUACAACUUUGGGAACGUCUACCACGCGAAAGGAAAAAGUAUUUGCUGGAGCGGAGCAGAGCCUGGAGAUUUCCCAGAGGACGUCAUGGCGGCCCUGAGGAAGGCUUCGGAAUAUUACGAGGCAAAUUUGGGCCUCGUCCAAGAAGUCGGUGAUCGGGCCGCCCAGGGUCGAACCUACGGGAAUCUGGGUAACACUCAUUACCUGCUCGGGAACUUUCGGAAUGCCGUGGCGUCUCACGAGCAGCGUUUGCUCAUAGCGAAGGAAUUCGGCGACCGCUCGGCAGAAAGACGAGCUUACUGCAACUUGGGCAACGCUUACAUCUUCCUGGGAGAGUUUGAAGUGGCAGCUGAGCAUUAUAAGAGGACGUUGCAGCUAGCGAGGCAGCUGAAGGAUCGUGCGGUGGAAGCUCAGGCGUGCUACAGUCUGGGCAACACGUAUACUCUGCUGCAGGACUACGAGAGAGCCAUCGAUUACCACCUCAAACACCUCAUCAUAGCCCAGGACCUCAAUGACCGGAUCGGAGAAGGUCGAGCAUGCUGGAGUCUGGGAAACGCCCACACUGCACUUGGGAACCAUGACCAGGCCAUGCACUUUGCUGAGAAACACCUGGAGAUCUGCAAAGAGACAGGAGACAGGAGCGGCGAGCUGACGGCACGUAUGAACGUGACAGAUCUGCAGACAGUGUUAGGUCUGAGCUACAGCACCAACAACUCCACCCUGUCUGAAAACAGGGACAUCGACUACAAGUUGCAAGGGGCUAGGCCGAGGUUGAGCAGGAGGCACAGCAUGGAGAACCUGGAGCUGAUGAAGCUCACGCCUGACAAGAUGAACGGUCAGAAGUGGAACAGCGACAUCCUGAGCAAACAAAGCAAGCCCACCUUCACCAAAAGCUCCUCCAAGUUGUUCUUCGUCAGCCGUCUACGCGGGAAGAAGUUCAAGGCUAGCGGAGGUUCCGGUAAGGUCCUCCAGGAUGCCAGUAACACCCUGGAAAGCGGCCACAAGCGAUCCAGUCCUGACAUGCUCGGCGACGAAGGCUUCUUCGACCUCCUCACUCGCUUCCAGAGCAACCGCAUGGACGACCAGCGCUGCUCCAUUCGGGAGAAAGGCAGCAGCAGGUUGUCGGUCAACGGCGGCCCCCAGUCUCCGCCUAGGAUCAUCAGGAAAUCCGUUUCCGAGUCCACUAACGUGUCUGGUGCUCAAGGCCGGCGGCUAGAGGACACCUCAGCCGCAGGCGGGAGCCUGCCGGGCCUCAGACUCAACCAGAACAGCAACCAGGCCGUGCUCAGCCACCUAAUGGCCAACGUGGACAACGCCGAGCCCGACGAAGACUUUUUUGACAUGCUCGUCAAGUGCCAGGGGACCCGUUUGGACGACCAGCGCUGUGCACCUCCCCCUCCUCCGGCUCGCGGACCCACGGUACCGGACGAGGACUUCUUCAGCCUCAUCAUGCGCUCACAAGCCAAGCGAAUGGACGAGCAGCGCGUCACAUUGCCGUCCUGCGCGGCAAAGGCCAACCACAGCUAAACGAAGCACUUAGAAUUUCCCAAGCCCUUCCGAAAGGUGGCAUUUACAACACUUUACGAGUUCAUAAGCGUUAACAGGCAACAUGUAGUAGAUUAUGUGGAAGAAUUCUCUCAACUCUGCUCGCACAAGCAGUAUCAGGGACAAAAUGUUUUUCACAAAUGCGGUGUCAUGAUUUCACUUUGUGUAUUAUUUGUAAUCCGUGCAUGCAUUUCUUCUUCAUUGUUGUACGUUUUGUAACUGUUGUACGUCUGCCGUAAUGUUUUUUUGUGUCUCUCCUGUCACUAGAAUGUUUGAUGAAAUAAUUUUACAAAUGAUUUUUUUUCAGUAAUAUCUGGGAUUAUUAUGUGUACAGUGCUAAUCUUUUGUACUUAAUUUUGGUUGGAGCAAUUAAAUCUCAUGGCUACUUUUUUUUAUUGACUCGUUUCAAUGGAGCACAAGCUGCUUGAUGUAAAGCAGUGCUUCUCAAAUAGUGGGCCACGCCCAAUGGUGUUAUUAUACUGAAUGAGUUUGAGGUUGAAAGG